ACUGUUUAAAUAGUGGGGGCUUAAGUGGGUUAAGUUCGAUUUCUUUUCUUAUCGAUAUACGAGACACUGACAUUUGCUCCAGAACUUUUACAUAAUCUUGAAAAUCCGAGAAUCACAAUGUCGUUCACACAAAUCGCGCGUAACUGCGGCCGACUGGCAGCGGCACUGGGCACCAAACGGAUGGCCAGCAGCGCCGUGGUUCAGUCCCAGGCGGCCAGGAUGAUGCACAGGAUUGCCGUGCCGGCCGUGGCCAAUCAAGUGAGCCAAAAAUUCGCAUUGCGUAGCUAUUCCGCCAAACGCACCAUUGAGGACAUCAAGUUUCGCGUGUUGAAAGUCGUAUCCGCCUACGACAAAGUGACGGCCGAUAAGGAGAUGGUGUCGAGCAGAUGUCGCUGGCAAACGCAAUCGGUGCGCAGAUACUCGGCGAAACCGCCCUUGUCGCUGAAGCUCAUCGAUGAGCGCGUCUUGCUUGUGCUGAAGCUGUACGACAAGAUCGAUUCCAGCAAGUUGAAUGUCGACUCCCAUUUCAUCAAUGACCUGGGCCUGGACUCUUUGGACCAUGUGGAGGUCAUUAUGGCCAUGGAGGAUGAGUUUGGAUUCGAGAUCCCAGAUUCCGAUGCCGAGAAACUGCUAAAACCUGCCGACAUUAUUCAGUACGUCGCCGACAAGGAGGAUGUGUAUGAAUAAAAUGUAAUAAUUGUAAUGCAAACCAUGAAACAGAUUACACUUUAAUUUUAAAUCGAGGAGAGGUCAAAUACAAUUUGAACAACUGAA